AGAGAGAGAGAGAGAGGAGAGAGAAAGGAAGAGAGUGAAUUGGAGGGAGGAGUGAUUAAAUAAGUUUCGACAAGAAGUAGUUAUAAGAAAAACAACAGUGACAAUAACAGGGAAUAAUGCUAAGUAUAAUCACAGCAUCAUCGUUAUCAUCAUCAUCAUCAUCAUCAUCAUCAUUAUUACCAUAAUCCCCAUUGUCGUCAUCGUUAUCAUCAUCACUAUGAAAUUCAGAAGUACAUAUAUUGCCCGUAAUAGCCAAAACACAAGACCUGUACUACCUUCAUCAUUAUCAUUAUAAUUUUUGUAGUCAUCAUCAUCAUCAUCAUCAUCAUCAUCAUCAUCAUCAUCAACAUCAUCAACUUAUACAUUAUUACAACAGUACACUGACUCACUGAAUUAUCCAAGUUUAUUUGAUGUCUAGAGAAAGAAAGAGGAUGAAAAAUAUAAAGAGAUGAAUAAUAUAAAGCUAUAUAAGCAUAACAAGACAAAACAUUUGUUGCUGGACUUAGUCUAGUAAUUGUUCGGAUUAAUGAGAUGGAGAAGGAGAAACACACCUGGAUUUUUAUCUACCUGACGUUACAAACUUACUUAUAUUUUACGGAACCUUUUCAAACGGAGCCGCGUCGCCACAGGUUCGGGAAACGUGAUAAUAGCGCUACGCAUAAUGACACGGUAGAUUUAAAUGUUACAGAAGUUCGAAUCGCUGUGUUGGUAUCAACAAAUAAUAGUUUGAUGUUUUCUAUAGAUCGAAUUUCUCCAGCUAUCGAUUUAGCGAUAGAAAAAGUCAUGCACUCAGGUAAUUUAAGGUCAAUUCGUAUCAAGGUGAACUACCAUGGGGUCACAUGCGAUGCGACACAACCCCCACUGGCUGCUUUUAAAUUCUAUAUGAACAAUGAAGUCGAUAUAUUCUUCGGCCCUGUUUGUGAAUAUGCUCUGGCUCCAGUCAGUCGCUAUUCUUUCUAUUGGAAUAUACCAGUGAUUAGUCCGGGAGGUAUGGCUCAUGAUUUCCAAGAUAAAACUGAGUUUGGAAGUCUCACUCGAGUUGGAAUUACUUUCAAUGGUCUGAGCGAUUCACUACUCAGUAUAUUUCGUUAUUACAACUGGAGAAAAGUUUACGUUCUUUACAACAGCAACGGAUUGGAUACCAUUACGUUUAGGUUUUGCUUUUUCACUGUAUCAGCUCUUGCUUUCCAGUUAACGAAGGAAAAUAUAUCAUAUCAUUUUCACAUUCUCGAGAAUGGUGGAUUAAAUAUAAAGGAUGUUUUAUUAAAAGGAAUCAGUACAGAUAUAGCAGGUAAGCUGUUUACUUUUGGAGCAUGGCAUAGUUGUAUCUUUCGUGAUGAGCUUUUUUUGUUGUUAUCUUUCUUCUCUGUUCUAUAAUAAAUGCAACACUAUUAAUUACCUCUAUGAGCUUAAGAUGAGAGAAUUUGUACUCGGAGUUCGAUGUUGUAUGUAUUUGACAAUAGAACUUUUAAGUUUGUACUGGUUCACAAGUUUUCUGUUCAUUAUUUCAAAGUCUCUACUAUAUCUGUGAGCAAGGGUGCUCUACUAUUUUGCUUUUCUACCUAACCAUUGGUUGCUGUUUGGCAACCUUCACAUAUAAUAUUUAUUAUUGGAUGUUUUUUUUUACAAGUCUUAGGAUAAAAUAAUGGUAACAGUCAUAGACACCUACAUUGCUGUAAUUUUUCCCGUCUUUGUGACUGAAUGUGCACGUUUCACUGAUUCGAGGUCAUGUACUAUAGGAAAGGAGUAUGGUUGGUUUGAAUGAACUUUGGACGUGGAUGGUUCUUAAUUUAUGAACAAUAAAAUGAUAGUAAAAAUCCACCUCCUCCAAAAAAAAAAAAAAUCAAAGUAGACAAUGGCGGGAUUCGAAGUUCGAAUUUAAAGGGACAUAACCAAAUAGCACAAGACGUUAUAUUUUAUUUUUCUAUUAAUGUUAUUAAGCUAGACAGAAUUUCUGUUUGUAACUGUUAAUAACCCUAUUUCUCGCUAUACAUACAUACAUACAUACAUACAUACAUACAUACAUAC